GAGAGAGAGAGAGAGAGAGGAGAGAGAAAGGCCGGCCUGUCUCUCCCGUCUCUCUUCCUCCCUGUCCCCUGCUUUGCUCAUUUGGCAUUUGCGCUGCUCUCCAAACAUCAACUAAUUUUGCCGCCCCGUCACCAAUCCGCUUCCCAGCGCAGUCUUCUCCCCCCACCCAUCAUCCCCGCAUCUCUUUAAAACGGCCACCUCCAGAGGCCACCAUAGUUGGCCACCCACCUCUCCCUCUUCCUCCUCCUCCUCCUCCGUCUCUCUCUCUCUCUCUCUCUCCUCUCUACGCACGCGCAAUAUAAUGGCGAAGCCUCGCAAGAACAGCGCCGCCGCCAACAACAACAACAGCAGCAGCAACGGCGCCGGCGACCUGACGCCGCGCGCGAAGCCGAAGCGCACGCGGAAGAGCGUGCCCCGGGAGUCCCCCACGCAGCGCAGCUCCGUCUACCGCGGCGUCACACGGCACCGGUGGACGGGGAGGUUCGAGGCUCACCUGUGGGACAAGAACAGCUGGAACGAGUCCCAGAACAAGAAGGGCAAGCAAGUUUACCUCGGCGCGUACGACGACGAGGAGGCAGCGGCGCGGGCGUAUGACUUGGCGGCAUUGAAGUACUGGGGCCCCGACACCAUCCUCAACUUCCCGGCGUCUGCAUAUGAAGGAGAGAUGAAAGGAAUGGAGGGCCAGUCCAGGGAAGAGUAUAUUGGAUCCUUGAGGAGGAAAAGCAGUGGGUUCUCCAGAGGUGUCUCCAAAUACCGAGGUGUCGCGAGACAUCACCACAACGGGAGAUGGGAGGCGAGGAUCGGUCGUGUUUUCGGAAACAAGUAUCUCUACCUCGGGACUUACGCGACGCAGGAGGAGGCGGCGAUGGCGUACGACAUGGCGGCGAUCGAGUACCGUGGCCUGAACGCCGUCACAAACUUCGACCUCAGCCGCUACAUCAAGUGGCUCCGCCCGGGCGCCGGCGGGAUGGCAGCCGCGGCGGCGGCGGCGCAGAACCCGCACCCGAUGCUGGGCGGCCUGGCGCAGCAGCUGCUGCUGCCGCCGCCGGCGGACACCACCACCACCGACGGCGCCGGCGCCGCGGCGUUCCAGCACGACCACCACGGCGCCGAGGCGUUCCCGCUGCCGCCCAGGACGUCGCUGGGCCACACGCCCACGACGUCGGCGCUCAGCCUGCUGCUGCAGUCGCCCAAGUUCAAGGAGAUGAUCCAGCGGACCGAGAGCGGCACCACCACCACUACCACCACGACAUCGUCGUUGUCCUCGUCGCCGCCGCCCACGCCGUCCCCGUCCCCGCCGCGGCGGUCGCCAGCGCCGACGCAGCCGCCGGUGCAGGCGGCGGCCAGGGACGCCUCGCCGCACCAGCGCGGCUUCCCCGAGGACGUACAGACAUUCUUCGGCUGCGAGGACACCGCGGGCAUCGACGUGGAAGCCCUCUUCUUUGGCGACCUCGCCGCGUACGCGACGCCGGCGUUCCACUUCGAGAUGGACUUGUAGUAGCUCAUCAUCACACGUUAAUCACUUUUUAUUUAUUUAUUUGUCUGUUUUUUUUUGGGUCGAUAGGAGAAUGGGGCUCUCACAACAUGAGAACCAACCAAGAAAUGGUGAGUUGGUGACACACAAACAAGAAGAGUGAAGAGAGGCAGGCAGUAGAACAGACAGACGACGCCUAGUCUGUUUUGAGAGAUUUAUUAUUUAUUUACAGUGGUAGUGAGAUUUACUGAACGGUUAAGAUUGUAUUUUUUUGUCACCUUGGUAACCUGAGGUAGAGCGUGUGUGUGUGUGAGAGAGAGAGAGAGAGAGAGCGCAAGGGAUUGUUUCAUUUGUUUCGUUCCUGAAUCCUGACAAAGGAAAACAGCAACCAUAUACAUAAAAUAUAUUCAUAAACAUACCUGACAAUUUCUUUUUCUCCUGAA